AAAGUAAUUAAAUCAUCAUUAUGAAAGGUGAUCAUGAAUUCACCUCUUGUUAUAAAUCCUCAGAAACUGCAAAAUUAAGUGGACAGAAUCAAAAUGGCGAGCUACUUUGAAAUUCUACUCUCUAUCACAAUGAUACUUAUCGCAUUCUACUAUUAUGCUGUAUCAAACUUUGAUUUUUGGAAGAAACGUGGCGUAGUUGGGCCAACGCCGAUACCAUUCUUUGGAAACACUAAGAAUUUAAUGUUUGCUAAGAUGUCAAUACGUCAUUAUAUAAAAGCCACGUACGAUCAAUAUAAAAAUGAACCAAUGAUCGGGUUUUAUUUAAUGAAGGAACCAAGUCUUAUAUUGAAUGAUCCAGAGCUUAUCAAACACGUGCUUAUUAGAGAUUUCUCAUACUUUGCAGAUCGAGGAGCUUUUGUUCAUGAGAAGACAGAGCCACUCUCACCACAUCUCUUCAACUUAGAAGCAGAAAGAUGGCGACCAUUGAGAUCGAGGCUCUCCCCCAUAUUUACACCUGGGAAAUUAAAGGAAAUGUUCUAUCUCAUAAUCGAAUAUUCGCAACAUUUGGAAAAAUAUUUGGCGAAAGAGGUUGAAAAAGGAGAGCCACUAGAAUGUCGAGAAUUAACAGCAAGAUUCACGAUUGACGUGAUUGGUAGUUGUAUUUUUGGAAUUGAAAUGAGUGCACUAGCAGACGAGAGAAGCGAAUUCCGUCAAAUGGGUAGAAACUUCUUCGAUACAUCGUCUUUCGAAAACGUUUUUCGAAACAAAAUGAAAGAAUUCUUCCCUAAGCUGUACGAUUUGCUUGGUUAUACAAUACCCGAAAGAAGAUUAUCCUCAUUCUUCACCAAAGCUGUUACGGACAUCAUAAAAUACAGACAAGAGAAUGAUAUCGUUAGACCAGAUCUCAUUAACAUGCUUAUGGAUCUUAAGGCGCAUCCAGAGAAACUGAACAAUAUCGAAUUGACGGACUCUUUACUGACUGCACAAGUUUUUGUGUUCUUCCUCGCGGGUUUCGAAACCUCAUCGACGACGAUUAGCAAUGCUCUUUAUGAAUUAGCCGUAAAUCAAGAGAUACAAAAUAAACUACGAGAAGAAAUAAUGGAGUACUGCUCUAAACACAAAGGAGAGUUGAAAUACGAGACUGUAAAAGAAAUGGAAUAUUUAGAUAAAGUAUUCAAAGAAACGUUAAGAAUGUACCCAGUUGGAUCAUUACUAAUUCGAAAUGCAAUAUCAAACUACACUUUUGAUGGCACUAAGGUUUCAAUACCAAACGGUACAACAGUCUGGAUCCCAGUGUUUGCCUUGCAUCGAAAUUCUGAUAUUUAUCCAAAUCCUGAUUCUUUCGAUCCGGAAAGGUUCAAUGAAGACGCUGUUGCAGCUCGACAUCCCAUGCACUAUUUACCAUUCGGUGAUGGACCAAGAAAAUGCGUUGGUGCACGUUUCGCAAAUUAUCCAAUUAAAAUUGGUCUUAUCACAAUUCUACGGAAUUACAAAGUGGACGUUUGCGAAAAGACAAGGAUUCCUUACGAAUUUGAUCUAGCUGCAUUUUUAUUAACACCAAAAGAAGGGAUAUACUUGAAGUUCACAAGAGUACAAAGUUAA